CCGCCCCUACCGCGCGUAUAAUACCACCUUAGCUGACAAGUGGCCAGGAGCUGCACGAGCGUGCUUUUUCGCAAGUCUUCAGCCAAGAAAACAGCUUUGCAAGCAGGUGAGGCUAAAAACGUGUGCACCGUACGAAGCGAUGAUAAGAUGUCGACGUCAGUGAGCGUGUUCGACGAGGAGCGAUUCCAGAACGCCAUUGCAGACGUCAGGGCGGACUCCGUGCAGACAACAUGGGCCCUAUUUGCCCACCAUGAGAGCAGCCCCAAUGUAAUAGAGUGUGUAGGAGAUGGUUCAGGUGACCUGAGUGAUAUGGUUGACCUCAUGGAUGAUGCCCAGUUCAUGUAUGGUCUUGUUCGAUUAGAGCAGGCUUUUGACAUGUCCACGACCGUCAAGUUUGCAUACGUCAUUCUCGGUGGCAAAGAUGUCAAGUUCGUGAAAAGGGGAAAGUUUGGAGUCGUCCAAGGAGCCAUUGAAGGCCUUUUCAGUCCCUAUCACAUUGUGGUUGAAGUGGACACCAAAGAUGACAUCACUCAAGAACUAAUUGAGACAAAGCUACAAGAGACAAGG